GCCUGAACCAGAGGACACAUCCGCCAGGCUUUGCCGCGUUUGAGGGCACACUUAGCCCCGGCUCAGAUCCCACCUGUUCUUCACGGGUGUCCCUUGGGAGCGCAAGGGUCCAGGGCCCCUUCAACUCUGAGCCUCCCCGACCCGGCACUGCCACUGGGGAGACAGGACGCUGUUCGCCAGAAAUACCUGGCACACGGGAGGCAGAGCCCAGAGCUCCCCACCCUCACACUGGCACCUGUGGUGGGUGCGGCUCCGUGUCCAGCACCGCCCUUGGGGUAACUCUGCCUCACUCAACAGCUGAGCAUUCUUUGGAUGCUGAAAUAGCCAACUAUUAGAAGAGUCUCUGCCUCAGGAGGCGAUUGCCUAAGCCUCAAAUAAAGAAGGGGCCUCCCAAGCACAGGCCAGUUAUGCACUCAGUCUGUAACAGGGCCCCAGAGAGAUUGAUUAGCAGGGAACUUUUAAGAGCCAAUACCCACAUCUUGAUGACAACUCUCCAGAAAACCUUUUAAGUUGUAACUACUUCCUGAAGGAAGAGGAGAAACAAACAACUUGACUAGUUGACCACCCACAGGAUGGAGCUAGCACUUGGGAAGUCUGGUGUUCCAGAAGGUUGGGAAUGGCUAGCAGGACAGGGGCCAGCAUGGGGCCUGGGCUGAGAGCGAGUAGGGAGGGUCCCCCAGGAAGACCUCCAUAUUGCCCGACCCACUCCAGGGCAGGGGAGCAGGCCACUGUGGCCUAUGCAGCUUGGCGAGUCCAUGCUGGACCUUGACUUUUGCUUUCUGGAGGACAAAGCCAGGCCCAGCCCGAGUCUGUCCUUGUAUGUGAGGUGGGAGAGGGAGCCGAAACUCCCAAAAGAGGGUAUGGUGGAUCUGCAGGGCUGACACAGGUAAACACCCCUGCUGUCUCUUCACUCUGAAUGGAAGGCCUCAGUCUGAAGGGUGCUUCCUUCAACAUAUAUUCGCUCCUGAUCAUGCCUUACACAGAAUUUUGCAAAACUUGUGAUCGUGACCGAAAGUUUGUUCUCCACCCUCACAUAUGUACUGAGAUGUAUGUAACUGAAGCAGAACAGAAUAAUACCUAAUUUUCUGAUAAUUUUCAGUUCAUGUUCAUAAUUUUAAAAUCUUGGUCAUAAUCUAUGAGAUUGAUUUCUGAUGAGUCGUAUUCUGCACUUGAAAAAAAAAACAACUGCCUGGUGUAAACCUUUCCAGAACCUUUCCAUCUCAGUCUUGUGUUGCUCUUACCCUAUCCUGGCUGACUGGUAUGCACACCCUGUUUUACUGAAAAGGCCAAGGGCUCCUGGAGGUGAAGUAUGCAGAGUCACAAAUCAGGUACCCUUGAGUUGUGGCUGGAACUCUGCAGAACCGUGUUCUCGCUGGGUGGCAAAUACGACAGAGGACCUGAAGUGGGGAGCACGAGGACCCGCCGCCCCCAGGGGAGGAAAAAGCGUCCAGACGGCAUGGCUCAGUGCCUCUGGCCAACCAGAGGCACCGUACUCAGAUCCACCCUCUUCCAGGUGAUUGGCCCCAGGGUGGGGGGUCCUCCUGGCAGUUCAUCCCACUUGGUCCUGGGGGUGUGGUUUCUGACACAUGGCCUGGAACGGCUUUGUCCCAGUCACCGGGUCAUUUCUUCCCUGGCUCUCGGCUGAGGUGGCUCUUGGAAGGCUGUCCCAUUGCUCCUUGACAUGGCUUUCAGGGAAGGAUCCAGGGCCUGGAAGAGAAUCUUCUGGCAGCUGAUACUACUUGCACUUGGCGGCUUAGGGCUGCUCCGAUUCGGGCUUCCUGUACUCAGGCAUCUGGAAGUCCUCAUCCCCAUGGGUGUCUGCCCUCCGGCCAGAACGCCCCUGCUGAGAGACAACUUCACGGGUCCCCUGCACCCGUGGGCCCGGCCUGAAGUCCUGACCUGUACUUCCUGGGGGGCCCCCAUUAUUUGGGACGGCACCUUUGACCCAGACGUGGCCCAGCAAGAGGCUGUACGGCAGAACCUCACCGUAGGUCUGACUGUCUUUGCUGUAGGCAGGUACCUGGAGAAGUACCUGGAGCGCUUCCUGGAGACAGCCGAGCAGCACUUCAUGGUGGGCCAGCACGUGGUGUAUUACGUGUUCACCGAGCGUCCGGCCGCGGUGCCCCGCCUGCCGCUGGGCCCCGGCCGCCGGCUGCGCGUGGAGCGCGUGGCGCGCGAGCGCCGCUGGCAGGACGUGUCCAUGGCGCGCAUGCGCGCGCUGCACGCGGCGCUGGGCGGCCGCCUGGGCCGCGAGGCGCGCUUCGUGCUCUGCAUGGACGUGGACCAGCAUUUCAGCGGCGCCUUCGGGCCCGAGGCGCUGGCCGAGUCGGUGGCACAGCUGCACGCCUGGCACUACCGCUGGCCCCGGCGGCUGCUGCCCUUUGAGCGCGAUGCGCGCUCCGCCGCCGCGCUGGGCCCCGGCGAGGGCGACUUCUACUACCACGCGGCCGUGUUCGGGGGCAGCGUGGCAGCGCUGCGGCAGCUCACGGCGCACUGCGCGCGGGGCCUGCGGCGGGACCGCGCGCGGGGCCUGGAGGCGCGCUGGCACGACGAGAGCCACCUCAACAAGUUCUUCUGGCUGCACAAGCCCGCCAAGCUGCUAUCACCAGAGUUCUGCUGGAGCCCCGACAUAGGCCGACGGGCGGAGAUCCGCCGGCCACGCCUGCUCUGGGCGCCCAAAGAGUAUUCCUUGCUGCGUGGCUAG